GCGUGGUCGUUCGGUGGUACCAUACCCGGAAGUAACGUGGUCCUCUAGGCUUACUAUAGCAACAAAUGGACGCUAACUUCGCUGUGUGACAUUUCAUACCUUAUCAAGAUCCUUGUGCUUUCUUCUGAAGCACCGUUGGAAGGUGGAUGGGUGUUUUGCAUUCAAAUUUGCCGAUGACAUUCGUAAGCCUACGGGAGACGAGAUGGCCCUCCCUAAUACUGUCUAAACAGGGACUUUGCACCUUUGCAUGGAUAGCACAGUGAAUCUCAGCACUACAAAACUGACUCUAACAAAAGAUGGACCUACGGACGUUUUUAUUGGUGUCUGCUAGCAGCGCAGUGUGGUGGUUGUGUACCUUCCUGUUCCUGGUCCCGAGAGCGUCCGCCAUGCUGGUCCCUGGGUACAAGAUCAUGACGGCGAGUGAUCGGAUCAUCUGGAACAACAAAGCGAUGUCUGUGCUGAACGCUGUCCUGACGGGAACAGUAGCUGCUGUUGCUCUCCUUUUGGAGGAACUGCCCAAACUGUACAACGGCACGCUUUGGGAGGAUUCUAGUGUUAUCCACUACACAGCCUCAACUAACGUGGGGUACCUGCUUGUCGACACAGGCCUGCUGCUAAGGAACCCCGGUAUGACCGACCGAGGUAUCCUCAUCCACCACGUCAUCAUCGUCGUGUGUAUCCUGGCAAAAAUCCUUUUGGAUUUCGGUCCACCGACGUUCUUCAACGCAAUGCGCAUGAUCCAGGAAGUGUCUAACCCAUUUCUACACUUCAGGUGGCUCCUCACAGCAAUGGGGGUGUCUAGAAAUUCUAGACUUUACGUCACCAACGGUCUGCUAUUUGCAGCGACGUUUCUGUUGUCCCGUAUUUUCCCGAUCCCUUUCUACUGGACUCAGUCAGUCCACCUCAUCGCCUCCCCACAGACAUACGCACGGUUCGGCGCGGUUGGACUCGGCUUCUGGUUCGUUGCGGACCUUCUAUUUGACGGGAUAAACUGUUAUUGGGCAGUGAAAAUCUGCAAAGGGACGUACAAAUUCAUGAAGACGAGAAAGUUAGAAUAAUUUGCUGCAACUUGUAACAUUCACCAAGGUGGCCAAAGAAAAGGACCAAUAGGAGCUCAGGGUUUUUGACUACUUUAGAAAUCAGUCCAAUGGGAGCUCAGGAUUUACAUUUACUAUGAAAACCGGUCAUUACGUGUCUUUAUUUCACAACAUGUUCAGAAACAUCAGAUCUAUGCACAUGUGGUAAACAAUUAAGUUUUGUACAUAAAUGAUAAGUGAUGAGUAAACCUAUACCUUU